AUGUCGGAUUUACAAGUACCAGAAAUAACAUAUAAACGACGUAUUGAAGAACUUGAACUUGAAAUAACACAAAUUGCUGAACGAAAAGAAUUAACAGCAGCAAAAAAACAAAAAGAAAAAGAAAAAAUUCAUAUUAUUAUAGAUAAAUUUAAAGAAGAAUUAUUUAAACAAAAAGAACAUGUUGAACGAGUACGUGCACGACUUGAUAUAGAACGUGAACAUUGGUUUAAAAAUCGAAAUAAAAUCAAAGCUGAAACUAUAACUGAACUUCUCCAAUUAUGUAUUUUUCCACGAUCUUUAUUAAGUGAAAUCAAUGCACUUUAUUGUGCACAUUUUAUACGUGUUAUACAUGAUUUAGUAACACCAAAUUUUAGUACAAUUAUUUGUUAUGAUCGACUUUUUCCUGAUAUAUCAUAUUCACUUACUUCAUGUUCAGAAAAUGAAGCUAUAUGUUAUGAAAGAUUUCUUGAAUCAUUAUUAGAAACUGUUAUGAUUUGA